CUAGACUCCCCAGUAUCCCAAUAAAAUAUAUGUUCCUUUCCUUAUUUUAAGAAAAAAAAAAAUUUCCUCUAUUAUGGCUACUUGCUCUUGGGCUGAAAUAUUAAACACCAUCUGAGAAGCCUCUUGUGUUGUGCUUGGAUUACCAUCGUCUUUAAUUACCACCUGCUUCCAUUAGUCUCAAUCUGAUUCUACACGUUAAUUAAUUAAGAAAUGUUACCUUAAGUUCAUGCUGGCUAGGAAAUCAUGGCAAUGGCUGAGAAUGAGAAUGGCAGAAUGGAUGUGAACUGGAAGAAACGUUUACAUGUUUUUGGUGAGAAGGUGAGGAGAUAUCCUAGUUUGGCUUGGCAGACUACGUGGAAGGUGGGACGUGAAGACCCAAGAAGGGUGAUCCAUGCAUUCAAAGUGGGUUUGUCUCUGACUUUGGUUUCUUUGCUGUAUCUGUUGGAGCCAUGCUACAAUGGAUUUGGGCAGAGUGCAAUUUGGGCUGUCAUGACAGUGGUGGUUGUGCUUGAGUUCACAGCAGGGGCAACUUUAUGCAAAGGGCUCAACAGAGGAUUGGGGACACUGUUAGCUGGACUAUUGGCACUUCUUAUUGGGUUUAUUGCAAAUGCAUGUGGUCGGGUCCUUCAAGCUGUUCUCAUUGGAGCUGCCGUUUUUCUUAUAGGAACUGUAGCUUCUUAUAUGAGGUUUGUUCCCUAUAUAAAGAAGAACUAUGACUAUGGUCUAGUUAUAUUUCUUUUGACUUUCAACCUCAUUACUGUGUCGAGCUACCGAGUUGACAAUGUCUUGAAGAUUGCACAUGACCGCAUCUACACCAUUGCCAUAGGAUGUGCCAUUUGCCUUCUGAUGAGUCUACUAAUAUUUCCAAAUUGGUCAGGAGAAGACCUCCACAAUUCCACGGUUUUCAAGCUUGAAGGCCUUGCCAAAUCUAUUGAAGCUUGUGUCAAUGAAUACUUUUAUGGAGAAGUUGAAGCUUCUGGAGAUAUCAAAUUGUCCGAGGAUCCCAUAUACAAAGGUUACAAGGCUGUUUUGGAUUCAAAAUCCACUGAUGAAAUGCUGGCAUUACAUGCAAGCUGGGAACCGAGGCAUUCGAGGUACUGUCACAGAUUUCCAUGGCAGCAGUAUGUAAAAGUUGGAGCUGUUCUUCGUCAAUUUGGGUAUACUGUGGUAGCCCUACAUGGCUGUUUGAGAACAGAAAUUCAGACACCACGAUCUGUUAGAGCCCUGUUCAAGGACCCCUGUAUAAGGCUAGCAGCAGAGGUAUCCAAAGUACUGAUAGAACUUUCCAACAGCAUAAGGAAUCGCCGCCAUUGCUCUCCGGAAAUACUCUCAGACCAUCUUCAUGAAGCCCUUAAGGACCUCAACACUGCCAUAAAAUCUCAACCUCGCCUCUUCUUAGGCUCCAAGCACAAACAAAACCAUACUAGCAACAUGCUUAAAAUAGCUGCAGCACAGGUUGGAAAUGAAAGGCAUGGAAAGACCUCUGGAGUCUCUCUAUCAAGCGUUAAAACUGACUCUUCAGCUUUGCUAGAAUGGAAAUCCAAAAGGGUUUCCACUGAACAGUCAAAGGAAACAGAAAGAAAGUCUUUAAGACCCCAAUUGAGUAAAAUUGCAAUCACUAGCCUUGAGUUCUCUGAGGCCCUUCCUUUUGCUGCUUUUGCAUCUUUGCUUGUGGAAACAGUGGCCAAACUGGACCUUGUCAUAGAGGAAAUUGAAGAACUGGGGAGAUUAGCAUGCUUCAAAGAGUUCAGACCUGGUGAUGAGAUUGUUGUGACUUGUGAGGGGCCCCGAGUUGAUGUGUUACAGAAUCAUUUACCUUCUCAUGGAGUAGACUAAUUAAGAGACAGAUAGCCCUUAGAAAUUGCAUUAUUUCAUGGAUAUCGAUGAUCUGUUAUUUGAUGAAUUAUGGUGAUGAAUAUUAAAAGAUAUAUUUAUGUUUUAAAUUUUUGAUCUACUUUUAA